AUGCCGCAAAACAACAAGCCCUGCCACAACUGUCGUCGCCGGCGUCUACGCUGUGACCGUUCGUGGCCAACAUGCAACAAGUGCACCAUUACUGGGCAGGAAUGCCUGGGCUACGGGAAAGUAUAUGUGUGGACAGAAGGCAUCGAUGCGCAGGGCAAGGUGAAGCCAUCGCCAGGCGUGCGGCGGGCAGCCCAGGGCGAAACCCAUGGUGUUGCGGGGCACCCCAGCCUUGUCCUCCGCAGCGGUCCACCACCGUUGGCGCAAGCUGAUCGCCCGCCCGCUAUAAGAACGUCCAAAAGUGCCCGUGUUGCUGCCCACGCUGCCAUGCCGGCUCUUCCGCCGGCAAGGAGCCAAGGCGUGUACCUUGCGCCGAGUCAGUUGACUGAUCCCAUUUUCCAAGAUAUGGAUCGAAACUCGAGGAGCUACCUUGCCCACUUCGCCAACAGAGUGUGCCAGGACCUAGUUGCCCGCGAUGGACCUGGAACCAACCCGUUCCGGGAGCUCAUCCCGCUCACUCGAAAACACCCUCUGCUGCUCAACAUCAUUGUUGCCACGUCGGCUCUGCACUGGGCCAACAGCUUCAGUCCCAACACGCCGCUCUCGGCUGGGAUUUCUGACCCCGGCUACCACCUGGCCCAGCUCCGCUCCAAGGAUCUAGUAUCUCGCCAAGCAGUGAUAGAUGCUCUGACGGCCAAGCAAAAGGCCAUGGGUCACCUUCGUGGUGUCCUAGAUACGCUGGACCCCGCUGGGAGCGAAGUGACUCUGGCAGCGAUGCACUUUUUUGUCAAAUUUGAUCUGAUUGACCUUGAGAGAGGAAACGCCAAAAGCUGGCAGGCUCAUUUGACUGGUGCCAGCAAUGUCCUAGCUCUCUUGACAACGACAAGGCCGCAGGAAGCAACCAGUCGUAAGCUGCGAGACUGUGUUGUAGCAGACUGCUUCAUAUACCAUAUUUUGGGCUUGACGUUGGCCCCUGGGCCCUGGGCGGCACAAAUUACCCACUAUGCCUAUGAGCUUCUGCCAGUCUUGAAGCGGACCGAAGUCAACAGCUACUUGUCGUGCCCCUCGGAGAUUCUGGGGAUUAUUUUAGCCGCUUCGCAGCUUUCCACCGACAGGGACAGGCCAUCGAUGGACUCGGAAGUGGCCGUCGCUGGCAAGGCGCUGAUGCUCAUUGACGAAACACUCGAGUUUGACAUUUCGGCUUGGGCCACACAGCUUCAGCAAGUGUCCAACGUGACGGACGUCGAAAGCCGGAUCCACGUGGCAUCGGCGCAUCGCUCUGCUGUCUGCCUGUACAUCUUGCGAGCACUGCCGCUGGCGGGGGCUGUGCGACCGGUGAACACGCAGUAUUUGGUCGAUGACAUUUUGAACCACUUGUCGCAGAUUGGUGAGGAUGACCCAUACUUUAAAGCAUCGUCUUGGCCGACGUUGAUCGCGGGCGCCGAGACGCGCGACACGGAGAAACGAAUGUGGACGCUGACGCGACUGAUGGCGAUUUGGAAAGUAUGUCCUUGGGGCUAUGUCUUUACUGCGAUUGAGAUGCUGAAGGAGACUUGGAAGAUGCAGGAUGCGCGGCCCGAGGAGGAAGAUGUCAAUUGGCUGCAAGGGUUGAAAGAAAAGGAACUCGGGAAUCUGAUUGUAUAA